AUGGUUAUGGUAGUCGACAAAAUAUUCCAUCUACAACAAACUUCAUCAAUUGGUCUUCCAAAUAAUACUAGUCGACCAACAUUAACCUUAGGUCAAUCAGUUGCUGAUUGUGAUGGUCUUCCACUGCGUACACUUCAAUAUACAUCAAAUAAUGUUAUACAAACUGCUUAUACCUAUGAAACACCUAAUACAUGGAUUCCUAAUCCACAACAAAUUCCAUUACUUCAAACUAAUGAAUCUCCUCAAAUGAACGCUGCAUCUAGUCUUACAUUUGAUUCAAUUCAGCAAGUACCAUCACAAUCACAACAAACAACAUAUAUUCAUCCGAAGACAUACGAAGCAGCUGGUCGUUUUCCUCAACAAUUUCAAUAA